AUGUCUCGAAGAAGCGCCAGUAUUUCGGAGGCGAAACACGAAAAACAAGCACAGACAGAUGUACAGACCGACGGGAACUCUUUUGACGUGUACGGCAAUGAGGAAACGGCAGAAAUCAAGUACCGCACCAUGGUAUGGUGGAAAGCCGCCGCACUCAUGCUUGCGGAGACGGUCUCGCUUGGGAUUCUCUCUAUCCCCUCCGUCUUUGCGACCCUCGGUCUCCCGGCAGGAAUCAUCUUGGUCAUUGGACUCGGCGCAAUUGCGACGGCUACUGGCUACAUGAUCGGCUUGUUCAAGUUGCGUUACCCACACGUCCACAAUAUGGCCGACGCCGGUGAGAUUCUCGCUGGGCCCAUCGGACGCGAAGUGCUGGGCGGUGCGCAGGCCGUCUUCAUGAUCUUCAUCUGCGGCAGCCACGUCCUCACAGGGCUCAUCGCCUUCGACACCAUCACUGCCGGGGCUUCUUGCUCGGUUCUAUGGGCGGCCGUCGCUGCGAUCAUUUGCCUCGUGCUCACGCUCCCGAGGACGCUGAAUGGCAUCUCGUACAUGAGCGUGGUCUCGUUCAUCUCCAUUAUUACGGCUGUCCUGAUCACGAUGAUUGGGGUCAGCGUUGCGGGUCACAAGGGAGGCGUCAAGGCGUCGGCAGGGGGUCUUACUUUCGCCAGCGCCUUCUUGGCCGUUACGGACAUUAUCUUUGCAUAUGCCGGCCACGUCGGGUUCUUCACGUUCAUCGCCGAGAUGAAGGAGCCCAAGGACUUCGCAAAAGCGCUGUACAUGCUCCAGAUCGCGGACACGACGCUGUACCUCAUCGUCGGUGUGGUCGUUUAUGCCUACGCUGGCGCCGGAACUGUCUCGCCUGCCCUUGGCAACACCGGGACGCUCCUGAGAAAAAUAUCAUACGGCAUUGCGCUCCCCACGAUCCUCAUUGCCGGAGUCAUCAACGGGCAUGUCUGUGCUAAGCUCAUCUUCAUCAGAAUAUUCCGCAGGAACGGUGUCCACUCAAAACAUAUGACAUCCCACUCGUGGACGGGGUGGCUGACAUGGUUCGCGAUUUGCUUCGUCAUCUGGACGCUGGCAUUCGUGAUCGCCGAGGUGAUCCCCUUCUUCAACGAUUUGCUCGGCGUCAUUAGCUCUGUGUUCGCGAGCUGGUUCACGUACGGCAUCUCUGGUAUAUUCUGGUUCCACUUGACACCUCGCGGCGAGCGAUGGACCACGCGCAAACAGAAGGCAAAGUGUAUCUUCUGGGGCGGCAUCAUCCUGAUGGGAGGAGUUAUCAUGGUUGCGGGACUGUACGCUAGCAUCAAUAGCAUCAUCGAAGGCAUGUUUCACGCAGGCAGGAGCUGCCCAUAUUGCUUCCUAACCGCUUCUUUGCACAGGCUACCGGGAAGGAGGCUUCCCCGGUCCAUUUACGUGCAUGAACAUGGGACUUUGAUAUGA